GGUCAAACCGAUUUUAGAAUGCCUUACGACGGCAGGGGUCCAGACAUAAAACGUCGAAGAUUUGAUGAUGACAAUUUGAGAGGAAGGCGUGGAAGAGGUCGUGGAAGAGGGCGACCUGAACGAGGGCAUCAUGAACGCCCCAAUCGUAGAGAUGAACCUAUAGAGCAACCAGAACCAUCACAAGGACGACCUAAACGUGAGAGAGCUCUUCCAUCACGUGUAAUUCAAAUAGGCCAAGCAGAGGAGCUUACUGAAGAUGACAUAAGAUCAGCAUUGGAAGUGUUCGGAGAAAUCAGGGGAGUGGUUUCACCAUCAAGAGAUAUUUUCUUGGUGGAAUUCAGCACCCUCGAGCGAAGUGUUUUCUUCAUCAACCACACUGACAAUCAUGGAUUUCUCAUAAGAUUCAUAUCGCCUGAUCUGAACUAUGGACCUGCACAGGAUCUACCAAGUGCAAUGGCAACUUUUACAGCCAAAACAAACACUAGUGGGGCUAAUCAUGUGCUGGAGGUUAACGUCUUGAAGCCUAUGUACCCAAUUACCAGUGAGGUAUUGCACACAAUUGCGUCUCCUCAUGGACGUGUGUCUAGAAUUGUCAUCCAUAACAGAACAGAAGAGAAAAUAGAAUCACUUAUUGAGUUUGACAGUAUCAUGUCAGCCGAAGCUUGCAAAGAGGCUAUAAAUGGAGCAGACGUUUAUGCUGGCUGCUGUACCUUAGAUGUCAAGUUUAGUAAGGCGCAGUCAUUGAAUGUAUUUAAAAACGAUGAUGAUACGUUUGAUUACACUGAUGUGAACCCUGCUAUUGCCGCUAGCAACAGAAAAAGAGAACCACAAGGUCCUUCAGAAGAUAACUAUGGUGACAGACAUGACAUGGGCCGGGGACCAGGAAGACCAAGAAGGGGUGACAGGAACAUGGACCGUAGUGGGCCUGGACCUCGGGGUGAGACGAUGGGGCCAGGGGGUCCACCUGCCGUUCUCAUGGUUCACGGUCUGGACUCUACCAUGAAUCCCAGUAGACUCUUCAAUAUUUUCUGCAUGUAUGGCGAUGUCAAUAAGAUAAAGUUCCUGAUGACCAAGAAGGGUAUAGCAAUGGUUGAGAUGAAGAACUCAAGAGGGGCUGAUAAUGUCCUCAACCAUCUUAACCGGGCUAAGGUUUUGGGAUCUCAAAUAAGUAUCUCGCCAUCUAAGCACAGAGAAGUUGUGGUGUAUAACUCAGCCCCUGGAAUCCUGGAGGACGGCUCUGAGAACGUACAGGUCUUUGUCAACUCGCGUUUUCUAAGGUACUCAACUGAAAAGAAAGCUGCUAAGAACAGAUUGGUUGAUCCAAGUAAAAUACUCCAUUUCUUUGCGUUGCCACUAGAGGUGGACGAGGACUUUGUACUGAAGUUGUUAGAAGACAAAGGUUGCCCUACACCCACAAGUAUUUCCAUGCAUAAAUCAGAAGUCUGUUCUGCAGGUCUGCUUGAGUUUGACUCAACAGAGGAAGCUAUGGACACCGCUGCUAUUGCUAACCACAUGCAGGGUACUCACAAAGGAACAAGAUAUCUAAUGAAGAUAGCUUUCACUGGAAAGAAGUCGAUGCCGGUAGAGAAUUACGAAGAAGCCAAACCGACUGCUGCUGUUAAAGCUAAGGAUAAGAAAGAAGAUGAGGUGGAAAUCAAUUUGUCGAGAAAUUUCAAUGAUUAGGUGAUCGGCUGAAAGUAUUUUUUAUGAAUUUUAAUCUUUAUUAUUUCUAUGUUUUACCAUGAAAUGUUUUCGUUUCACCUUAUCCGUUUGGUGGCAUACUAGAUUUAACGUCUUACCAAAAGAUUUCAAUUCCAACUAGUGAAAGACAUCAGUAUAUUUCUGUGCUGCUUUGAAUCAAACUACGUGUGAUACUAACAAUGAUCUAUAAAACGUAUUAUGUGAACAACUUUUGAGUGUUAUGACAAUAUUUAUGAUUCAAGUCCCUGUAGCUAAGCUGUAUUGUCUGGUCCAAAAAUCUGUGUUGCUCAGGUAUAUUUAAAUAUUUAAACUUUUAUUUUUUAA